AUGGCUGGUGUCAACCACAAUGACCAGUCGUCCGACGAGUUCAGAAGUGACCGCGAGAAGAGGGACCACCUCCAAGAUGUCAACAUUGCUAGUCCCAGAGAUUUCGAUGAAGACACUCAUCAUCACCUCCACCGAGGAUUGAAAGCAAGACAGAUUACUAUGAUCGCAAUUGGGGGUGCAAUUGGAACUGGUCUUAUUAUCGGAACUGGAAAGUCUCUUGCCCAAGCUGGACCCGCCCCCCUAUUCAUCGGCUACACGCUUGUGGGGUUCUUGUGUUUCCUAGUUAUGGCGGCAUUGGGAGAGAUGGCUGCUUGGUUGCCACUUCCGUCUGGCUUCACGGGCUAUGCGACUCGCUUUGUGGACCCGGCUCUGGGAUUUACGCUUGGAUGGAAUUAUUGGUUCAAGUACAUAAUUGUCACUCCGAAUAACAUCACAGCGUUUUCGCUGGUCAUCCAGUACUGGGUGCCUCGGACAAGGGUCAAUCCUGGAGCCUUCAUCACAGUAGCCCUCGUUGCCAUCGUUCUUAUCAACUACUUCGGUAUCAAAUUCUUCGGCGAAUUCGAGUUCUGGUUAUCGUCAAUCAAGGUGAUUGUCAUCAUUGCUUUGAUUCUCCUCAGCUUGAUUCUUGUAUGCGGAGGUGGCCCAGAUCAUCAUGCAACUGGAUUUCAAUACUGGAAAAAUCCCGGUGCCUUUCAUGCCUACAUCUUGACUGGCAGCGCAGGGAGAUUUUUGGCCGUGUGGUCGACCUUCACCACUGCAGUCUUUGCGUAUCUGGGAACUGAAUUGGUUGGUGUUACUGCUGGGGAGGCAUCCAAUCCUCGCCGAAACAUUCCCAGAGCCAUCAAGCUCACGUUUUACCGUAUCCUCCUCUUUUAUGUGGUUCUUGUCUUCCUCCUAGGAAUGCUCGUCCCGUACAAUUCCACGAAAUUGAUUGAUGCCAACAAGGCUAACACCACGGCUGCUGCCUCCCCAUUCGUCGUUGCUAUCAUCAUUAGUGGCAUCCCCACACUGCCGGCGAUACUCAAUGCGGCUAUCCUUAUCUUCGUCUUUUCAGCAGCAAAUUCAGAUCUCUACAUCGCAUCCCGUACCCUUUAUGGGCUCGCACACGAAGGAAAGGCCCCGAAAAUCUUCAAGUGGACAGAUAGUCGCGGGGUCCCCGUCCCAGCACUGGGACUCUCCGUCUGCUUCUGUCUCUUGGCUUAUCUUGGUGUUAAUACCGCAUCAUACACCGUCUUCGGCUACUUCAUUAACCUCGUCACCAUGUUCGGACUAUUGACUUGGAUCUCGAUCCUUAUUUCCCACAUUUUCUUUGUUCGAGCACGCAAAGCACAGAACAUCCCGGACUCGGCUUUAGCUUACGUUGCACCCCUGGGCAUGUGGGGAUCAGUCGGAGCGCUCAUCUUCAGCACCCUCAUUAUGUUCUUCAAAGGAUUCGCUCUGUUCGCCUAUAAGAAGACGGCAGCCAAAGGAACCCACCCCACAUUCGACUCGAGAACCUUCGUCACGACCUAUUUGGGCCUCCCAAUUUACAUUAUUCUUUUCUGCGGGUAUAAAGUUAUUAUGAAGUCCAAGCUUAUCAAGCCUGAGGAGGCAGACUUGUAUGGUGGAAAGGCGAGAAUCGAUGCUGAGGAGGCGGAGUUCUUGGCAGCGCAGGCCGAGAAGAAGGGUGGCCCAGAGACGAAGGUUGAGAGGAUUUACCGUCUUACGCUCGGAAAUUUAUUCUAG